CACACCCAGCGCUGUUCGUUUCUUGUUGCUUACUUGGUUCGUCAUUCAUUCAUUCAUCCAGCAUUCAUUCAUUCAUUCAUUCAUUCAUUCAUUCAUUCAUUCAUUCAUUCCACACACAGAAACUAUAUAUACAAGUGAAACUAGAGCUAGACCGAGGAGAAAUAAAUAAAUAUAAUCGAUCAUGGCGGAGACGGCGAUCGCGGCGGUGCUGUCCAAGUUCGGCGAGCUGGCGGCAAGCGAGGCGAAGAUACUGCUGGAGGUGGGCGACGACAUGACGCUCCUCCGCGACCGCCUCGAGUGGCUGCAGGCCUUCAUCCGUGACGCAGACCGGAAGCGCCGCGCCGGCACCGACCAGCUCACUAGUGUGUGGGUGCGCCAGACACGCGACGUCGCCUUCCAAGCCGAGGACACGCUCGACGAAUUCGUUUACCAGGUGGAACUGAGAAGCCAGGGCUAUCGAUGCUGGAAGAAAAUGUGGCGAAAAUACUUGAUUGGUUUGUGCACCCAAAUCGUCAGUCGACAUGUGUUGUCUGCCCAGAUCAAAAGGAUCAAUAUGAGGCUUGAAAAAAUAUCAGAAAACCAAAAGGAGUACAACAUCGGGCAUACACCAUUAGCGCCAGUGACGUCUUCCACUACAGCCACUUCAGCAUGGUUGGAUGAUGCUGUGGGUCUUGAGGGUGAUGUGGCGACACUAGAGCAAUUAUUGCUUCGCGAAGAUCACACAAGGCAAAUGUUCAUUUCCAUACUCGGGGAGAGUGGUGUUGGAAAGGAGACCCUUGUAAAUAUCUUAUAUAAUAAGCAAGUGGAGAAUACCACAUGUGUGUUCAAAGUUAUCUUUUGGUACAGUGCGCCACCGGAUUCCACCGUGGAGGAUCUCCUCCAGCAAAUCUACGAGAGGGCAGUAGAUUGGUGCACAACACAAGAAAUUGCAGACCUCCAUCAACCAAAGAAAGAUGACAAUAUUGAUGAUAUCUCUGAGAAGCUUCGAAAUCUCUUGGCGGGGAAGAGGUAUCUAUUGAUUGUCAAUGGCAUAUCCUCCAAAACCAUGCUCAACUGUGUGAGGGCAAGCCUGCCAGAUGACGAUAAUGGAAGUCGAGUGCUGCUCAUAUUGGACACUGAGAACGAAGAAGUUGCAUGGCAUGCUAAUGCCAUGAACCAAAUGGACUUUAAUGGGAUCCACAUGUUGAGCCGUUUUGAUGAAAAAAGAAGCGGACAAUUGUUCCAUUCGAGGGCCUUUAGGAGAGAAGAAGUAUCUGAUGAUGGAUCAAAGGAAGACAUGAAGAUGACCAACAACAAUUAUGACAAAAUUGUGUAUGAAAUAACUGGAGGUUACCCUCUGGCUAUAGUGGUUCUUGCUGGACUACUCCGUUUCAAGGAAAGGCCCGGACAGUGGGAAGCAGUGCUACAGCAGCUCAGGCCUAGGCCAAGAAUGACAGAAGCACCGCUACAACAAGGUGGUAGUAGGGAAGAAGGAAUUAAAGUUGUACAAUCAUCCACAACUCAUGCUAAAAACCUUGUGUCCAUAGGAACAACAACAACGAUUGAGAGGGUCUUCUGGGCAAGCUAUGAAGACCUUCCCAAUGACCUCAAGUCAUGCUUCCUAUACUUUGUUGCUUACCCAAAGAAUACCAACUGGUCUGCUAGUGAGAUCGUGCGGAUGUGGAUGGCUGAGGGAUUCAUCAAGCCACAGAAGGGCAAGACUAUGGAGGAGCUAGGUCACAACUACCUCAAGGAGCUAGUCUUGAGAUGUCUUGUUCAGACUGUUGAGAUGAAUGAUGCUAGUGUUAGUGAGGUCUGUGUUCACAGAAGGCUCCAUGGGUUCCUGCAGUCAGAGGCUCGCGAGGCUGGCUUCAUGGAGGUUCAUGACAUGCAUCAUGUCUUUGUUCCACCAUCGGUGCGCCGCCUUUCUUUCACCACUUUUGGUGGCAGGUAUACCCCACUCACCAACAAGUUAUUUCCUAAGUUGCGUUCCUUCAUAUGUUGGGUCGUCCAGAGGGAGCAACAUCAUCAGAGCAACAGCAACAUCCAAGAUGCGAACAAGAAGCAGCAUGGGCAUGAUCUCAAGUUCUUGUGUGGCUCCAAGUUCCUUCGUGUAAUCAGCAUCCAGGGAAUAACGAUUGAGAAGUUGCCAAAUAAGAUUGGUGACAUGAUCCACUUGCGCUACUUAGGUGUCAAUUGUAAGGACCUCAAGGAGCUCCCGUCCAGCAUUAAGAGGUUACUCAACCUGCAGACGCUAGACAUAAGUGACACUCAAGUUGAGAUGAUUGACCUAGGAUUCUGGAAGAUCAAGACCCUCCGGCAUGUGCUUGCAGAGAAGCUCGCCCUUCCAGAAACCAUCGAGGAGGAACUGGACAACCUGCAAACACUAUUUGGUGUAAACCCUACCCGAGGAGGAGAAUGGAAGGGACAAAGAAGUCCACUCCACAAGAUGCCCAAUCUCCGGACACUGAAGCUGCAAGGAAUCACACAUGAAAAACAUGGGGCAGCACUAGAGAGUGCUCUUGUGGAGAUGCAACUUCUUGGUUACUUGAGCUUGCAAGCUGAUGUGAUUCCUUCAUGCGUCUUCAGCGCACCAAGCCUUCGAUUCCUUGACACGGUAGAGCUGCUGGAUGGCACUGUGAAGUGGCCUGAGGUUGGGUGGGAUGUUAGCAAGGUACGACCGAACCUCAUUCAGAUCAAACUCGGAAAUACCAAUGAGGUGCCCCAUCACAUCGAGGAGAAAAUAAGCACGAUACUCAUAAAAGAGUAAGCCACCAUGGGUGAAGGAAUUGAAGCUGCAACAUGCAUGAUCCGGUUUCAUGCAUGGUUUCUAUAUCUCCAUCUACUCUAUCCUUCAAUUUGUGAAACAAUUGUCGUGUUGUAUAUAUCGUGUCCUUAUGUGAAUUAUUUGUUGUGUAUGAGUGUCUUCAAAAAAAAAAUAAAAAUGUAUGUGAGUGUAUUUCUACAUGAUGUCAAUAGUCUUGAACA